AUUUUUUUUUUAAUUUUUUUUUCAACGUUUAUUUAUUCUUGGGACAGAGAGAGACAGAGCAUGAAUGGGCGAGGGGCAGAGAGAGAGGGAGACACAGAAUCGGAAACAGGCUCCAGGCUCUGAGCCAUCAGCCCAGAGCCCGACGCGGGGCUCGAACUCACGGACCGCGAGAUCGUGACCUGGCUGAAGUCGGACGCUUAACCGACUGCGCCACCCAGGCGCCCCCAAAACGGGAUCUUUAAACUAUGUUCUUACAACCAAGAUCCUUUAGUAUAAAUCCUUUUGUUUCACAAAGAAAAGACAAAAACCCAAAGAAGUUUAAUUAUCUGUCCAAGGUCACUCAACUUGAAAUAGUAAAACAGGGACUGAAGUCUGGGACGUCUGACUCCUGAUUAGAAACAGCAACCUGUCUACCUUGUAGUUCCAAGAGAAUUUCAAAAGAUGUUCCAAGGAAGAACAUCAUUAAUUAGCAAAUUGGGGUAGAAUCAGGGAGUGACCAGUAAUAGUUGUGAAUGUUUAGGAAACAGGUAGAUCCCUCCAUACACCCAGAGCUGAGGGUCAAGCAGCUGUCACAUAGAGUGAGCUUGGCAGGUAUCGGAACCUAAGGGAAAAAGAGGAAAUCGAGCAAAUGGCAAAUAUUUCUUGAGUGUUUGCCUCAAUUUCAGGGAUGAUUGUGGAGUUUGGCUGGACAUCAAGAAAUCAAACUUGAAGUAUAGGAGCUGGGUAAGAGGUACAACUACAGUCUCUCUUCUGCUGAUAACUGGUAGAACCUUUGCUAAUUCCUGAUCAUAAUAGGGUCUCACUCUAUAAUAGGAUGUGGUACCCAGAAUAGUAGAGUGUCAGCACAGGAGCAACAGAGAAGAUGGAACAGAGGAUGGAAAAGGCCUUUCCUUCAGGAAGGUUGGAGAUACAACAGAGAAAGUUUACCGGAAGCAAGUGUGUUUGAAUUGAGUUUUAAAGGCUGGAUGGGCCUAUUGAAGUUGAUAGUUGGUGGAGGGCCACUGGACUGUACAUACAAUGGCAAGGGGGGUUGGAAAUGGCACAUAGAAAGAGAAGCGCAAUGUUCUACUUGGGACACUAAAAUCAAGCAAAAUCCUACUGACCCAGAGAAGUUUACAAAGGAGACAGCACUUAGAUGAAUGUGUCCCUCUUAAAUGUAGAAGGAAGAAGCCACCUAAAUGGUCUGCUUUAUGUAAAUCAGAUUUAUUUUACAAGUUUAAAAGCUUACUUAUAUACUAAUCAAGGAAAUGAAAUCAGGUCUUGUUUUGGUAUUGAAAGUAAAUUUAUUCACUCGUUUGUCAGACAUUUAUUGAUCUCCACUUACGUGCCAGGCCAUCAAUUAGCACUUGGGAUAUCAAGGAAACAAGACAUUUCACACCUUAUAAGUGUCAAGGGCAGAGGAGAGAUUUGUUUUGUGUGUUCCAACAAAGGCAAGAACAGCCUGGUUAUUGGUUGAUGGUCCAGUGCAAGAGGGUGGUGGAAAUCUUGCCAAAGAGGGAGACAGAGCCAGCAGAGCCAGACUGGGGUCCACGGUAGGAAGUGUGUUUUGUUCCUAAGGAUAAUGUGAAGGUUGUAGAGGGCUUCUAAGCAGAGAAAUGAUAUGAUUUGAUUUAUGUAUCUACUGGUUCACUGUCAUCCCCCAUCACAAAAGAUCUAUCAGGUUUUUACCCGGUUCCCACUGAUGAUGGGGUCACACAUCUCCAAAGGGAAAUAAAUUAGUAGACUUGUGGUCAGAGCUCUACAAUUCCAUUGGAAGACGGUCUAGCCUAGAUUUAAAUGGAUCCUCUUGUUAUUGCUUUAUGUUCAACACCUUCUGAACUAAUUUGGAGGGGGGACAAUAUAUAUGCAUCGACAGGCAAACUCAGGCUCUGGGCACUCCGAGUGGGCAAGCUGAUGCUGAGCAGGGCAGCUGUGGCUCCUGACACCCAGAGUUGUUUCAAGCAUUUACCAACUUGACCAUCCCAGUGCUGUGGAUUUUCCUUGAUUCCUCCCCAACCAUCGGAAGUGCUCCAUCUAUUCCUGGGUUAAUAUUUUGAGAACACACCUUGCUUCCUUUGGAAUUACUCCGCUUGAGUAAUUCUGUCCAUUAAUGUCCACACGUGAAAAAUGUGAAGGAUUGUUGCAUCCCUGGGCAUGGCAGCUUAUGCUAAUGAAUCUGCAUAUCAAGGACAUCUAUUUUCUCAUUUUCAGGGAAGGCAAAGGUACUAACAGGUGAUUGCAGUGUGAAUGAUUUAUUCAGAGCAUCUAUCUCCUCUGUAAUCAAAGAUGGGGAGCAGUGAGAACAGAAAAUUGUCACGCGGGCCCUUAACUCUGGUUUGAAUAUAGAAAUUUCAAUCCAGUUAACUCUUUCAGUGCUUUUCCCAAUCUAAGGCCAAAAAAAAAAAAAAAAAAAAAAAAAAGAAAGAAAAGCCAGGAGAUUUUCCCUUUACUACUGGAAAGACAUACUGGCGAGAUUCUAUUCCCGCUUGCUAACGCACCAUACACUUUAAUGCAACAGACGGAAAGUUUUGAACAGAAAACCUAAAAAAUAAGAAAAACGGAGGGAAAAAAAAGGGAUUGAUUGAUUUUUUUCCUUCCGGGGUCCCAACCCACUGCCUGUGAUUGCCUGAGCAGAUGGCUGCCUCCAUACCCUGCCUGCCCAGCUUCCUGUGCUCAGCCGUGCGGCAUGCCCGUUUCUCUCCGCAGACAGCAUUAACAGCACCGAUCGCCUGUGUUCUAGGUUUCCUCUACGCCCAGAACAGCACCAAGCGCAGCAUUAAAGAGCGACUCAUGAAGCUCUUGCCCUGCUCAGCUGCCAAAACGUCGUCUCCUGCUGUUCAAAGCAACGUGGAAGAUGAACUGGAGAUGGCCACCGUCCGGCAUCGGCCUGAGGCUCUGGAGCUUCUGGAAGCCCAGAGCAAAUUUACCAAGAAGGAGCUCCAGAUUCUUUACAGAGGAUUUAAGAAUGAAUGUCCCAGUGGUGUUGUUAAUGAAGAAACCUUCAAAGAGAUUUACUCACAGUUCUUUCCACAGGGAGACUCUACAACAUACGCGCAUUUUCUGUUUAAUGCAUUUGAUACGGACCACAAUGGAGCUGUGAGUUUUGAGGAUUUCAUCAAGGGUCUUUCCAUUUUGCUCCGGGGGACAGUACAAGAAAAACUCAACUGGGCAUUUAAUUUGUAUGACAUAAAUAAAGAUGGCUACAUCACUAAAGAGGAAAUGCUUGAUAUAAUGAAAGCAAUAUAUGAUAUGAUGGGUAAAUGCACAUAUCCUGUUCUCAAGGAAGAUGCUCCCAGACAACACGUCGAAACAUUUUUCCAGAAAAUGGACAAAAACAAAGAUGGAGUCGUUACCAUAGAUGAGUUCAUUGAAAGUUGCCAAAAAGAUGAAAACAUCAUGCGCUCCAUGCAGCUCUUUGAAAAUGUGAUUUAACUUGUCAAAUGCAUCCUCAAACAGACAAAUGUGAACUACUGUACCACACUUAAACUUGGAGCUACCACUUUUAGCAUAGAUUGCUCAGCUUUACACUGAGGCAUAUUAUGCAAACAAGCUUUGUUUUAAUAUAAAGCAAUCCCCAAAAGAUUUGAGUUUUCCAGUUACAACUUUGCAUCCUUUUCAUAAUGCCACUGAGUUCAUGGGAUGUUCUAAGUCAUUUCAUGCCCUGUGACUCUUCAAAAGUACAGAAUCUGGCAGAGAGUUUUACUGAUUCUUUAGCCAUGGGAUUAUUCAGCUUUCCCAUUACCAGUGAUUUUAAAAUAUCAGUGUUUUUUGCUACUCAACUGUAUGUAUUCAGCCCCAGGAUUUUAAAUGGUUUUCUAAACUAUUGGCAUCUGCAUUUAAUUUCCAGAAAUUAAUUUUCAUGUUUGUAUGCUGUAAUUCCAUUUAUACACUAAGUAAACAAAACAAGAUUACUAUGAUUAGUAACAAGCAAACACACAGUCCCAGUUUCUAUGAAUUUGCUGCUUUCUGUUAAAGAUAUUCAUUUAUCUGGCAUUUUUUACAACAUGAAACAAAUUAGUUUAUCACCAGAUGUCAGCAUAUGCCUAAUAAAGCUUAUUUAAUAAGCAUUUCUUAAUUUUUCAUAAUACAUAUUAUAGCCAAGGCCUACAUGAUAUAUAUAAUUUUGGAUUUGUUCAAUCCUACAGGUGGACUAUUUUCUAUCUUGUCACUAAGUGGAAGUCCGUGAAGGUGUGGAACAAAGCAAGGAUGUUUAUAGGCACAUGCAAAGGGUCAGGGUAACUGUCCUCGAGUUACAUGGUAAUGCUUAGUAACAAGUAAUCCCUAACAGCAUUGAGGGCCUACUCCAUCCCCUCUCCCUUGACUCCUUCAAGACACCUUUCUAUUACAUGCCAUUCAGGGACAAAGAAACCUGGACUACCCCAAGGCCUACAGGGAACAAAGAGCAAGCAGAAUUCACUUUGAAAGCAUCAGUGACUCCAUUUUAUCAAUAACUACCAUACCAAAACUUCGUUAAAGAUGAAAAUAAAUGCUAAGCAAUUCAUCUGGACUGUCUUAUGAUUUAGCUCAUCGUAACACUCCAGCAAUUCAGAUUCUCUUCAAUGAUCUUAAGCCAAAAUUGUCAAGUGGCCACAACAUCACUUAGGAUACACACACUUUCCCUACUUUGCAGAAAUACCACAAAGACCGAGAGGCUACAGUGGGAGGAAAUUAGCGACUGUCCUUGCAACACUAAAUCAGGUAUCUAUUCUGGUGUAGAGAUAGGAUGUUGAGAGCCGCCCUGCUAUCACCAGUGUAGACAUUCAGAGUAGUACAGUACAUGUACACUGAAAUCCGCCAUCGCGUGUUUGUGUAAACUCAAUGUGCACAUUUUGUAUUUCAAAAGGAAAACUAAAAGCGAAUAAAAUGUUUCUAA